AAAAAAUGAGAAAAAAAAAAUGAAAAAAUGAAAAAAAAAAAUAUAUGCUGUGCAUAUGUGUUAAUGUAUCUGCAUGACACCAAAUCAGAGACAGCAAAGUAAAAAUCAUUUUUGUUCUAAAAAAAAAAAAAAAAUUCAUUAAAAAGAAGGAGCUAAAAAAAAAAAAAAAAAAAAAGCAGAGAGCAGCAGAAGUAUCAAAUGUCCAUGGAGAUGAUUCUUUCUUAUUUCUCUCCACUUCCUCUCGGUUGCAGCUUUCCUCCUUUCAGAUAUUUUUUUUUUUUUUUUUUUGAAUUUUUUAUUUCUGGCUUCUUUUUUGUUUUGUUUGUCUGUUUUCUAUUAAUCAAUACCCAAAAGAAAAAGCUCUGAAUCAAUCACGUCUGGGUUUUUGGGUUUUCUUUUUGGGAUAAGAUUUCUAAGAGAGACAAACUCAAAUUGCAUGUUGGGUUUUGCUGGUUUUCUAGAAUUCAGCUUUGUUUUGUGACCAGAAAAAAAGAAAGAAGCAAUUUUUUUAAUUCUACAACCUCACAAAGAAAGCUAUGGCUGCAUCAUCUUCAUCAGCAGCAGUUUUCGGAAUUAGAGAAGAAGACCAAAAUCAGAUGAAACAGCAGCAUUCCACAACACCAACGUCUUCAACACCACCUCCAGCACCACCCCAGAAGAAAAAGAGAAACCAACCAGGAACACCAAAUCCAGAUGCGGAAGUGAUAGCACUAUCUCCCAAGACCCUAAUGGCAACAAACAGAUUCAUAUGUGAGGUAUGCAACAAAGGGUUCCAAAGAGAGCAAAACCUACAGCUUCACAGAAGAGGACACAACCUGCCUUGGAAACUAAAGCAGAAGACUACAAAAGAACCAAAGAGAAAGGUGUAUCUGUGCCCCGAGCCCACAUGCGUUCACCAUGACCCUUCGAGAGCUCUUGGCGAUCUCACUGGCAUCAAAAAGCAUUACUCGAGAAAACAUGGUGAGAAAAAAUGGAAGUGCGAGAAAUGCUCUAAAAGAUAUGCUGUUCAGUCCGAUUGGAAAGCCCAUUCCAAAACCUGUGGUACAAGAGAAUAUAGAUGUGACUGUGGAACUCUUUUCUCAAGGCGUGACAGUUUUAUCACACAUCGUGCCUUUUGUGAUGCACUGGCACAAGAAAGUGCAAGACACCCUCCCAAUUUGAGCACCAUUGGAAGCAACUUAUUAUAUGCAAACAAUAACACUGGUUUAGGCUUAUCCCAAGUGGGUCCUCAGUUAUCCUCAAUCCAAAACCACAACCACAACAACAACCAAUCAAGUGGCGGCGAUGUCCUACGUCUCGGUGGCGGCCGAUCCGGACAAUUCGAUCAUCUCCUCUCGCCGUCGUCCAUCGGUUCUUCUUUCCGAACACCUCAGCAGCCUUUCUUCUUGCCUGAUCAAUCUAACCACCACCAGUUCCAUGAAGAACACCAAUCAUUGCAACACCAGAAAUCAUUCCAUGGACUAAUGCAAUUCGCGGAGCUCCAAAGCAACACAAACACCACCACCACCAUCAACAACAGCAACAAUAAUCCUCUUUCCUCUGGUUCCAAUCUCUUCAACCUUCCUUUACUUUCCAAUAACAUCAACAACAAUCCCCACAGUAACAACAGUAACAAUAUUCUACCCUCUUCAGGUUUACUAGUUUCUAAUCCUUUCAACAAUGAACAUAGCACUGGGACCGCCGCCGACAUGGUAGUAGGAUCGAACAUCUAUAUGACCGGUGAGCACAUAACUUCGGGUGUUCCUUCUCUUUUCAGCACUUCACUUCAAAACAACAACAACAACAACAACAACAGCAACAACAGCCAUGCUUCUUCAGUCACUCAUAUGUCUGCAACAGCAUUGCUUCAGAAAGCAGCUCAAAUGGGUUCGUCAACUUCAACCAACAACACCGCAUCGCUGCUAAGAACAUUCGGAACAUCUUCCACACCCAGUACCGCCAAACCCGAAAGCAGCGGCAGUAGACCUAUUGUUCCCGGAAACUUCUGCGGCAUGUUCGGCGAUAACGAUAACAAUCUUCAAGACCUAAUGAAUUCCUUUGCUGGCGGCAGUUCUUCCAUUUUCGGAAGCGCAUUCGGCGGUGGAUUCGAUGCGAAUCGAGGGAAUUUGGAGCGAAUGGAAGAGGGUAAAUUGCACCACAAUGUUACGGUGAGCAUUGGAGGAUCUGAUAGGUUGACGAGGGACUUUCUUGGGGUUGGAGAAAUAGUGAGGAACAUGAGCGGAGGGUUUGGGCAGAGAGAGCAACAAAACCGCCAUUCUCAGCAACAGAGCUUGGAGAUGGGUUCGUUGGAUCCGGAGCCUGGUGCGCCGUCAAGCCAAUCUUUCGGAGGAGCAGCUGGGAAUUUUCAGUGAAACAAAGAUUAUAAGAAGAAAAUGAAGAAGAUACAGAGACAAGGAAGAGGAUCAACAACUUCAACUUCUAAAAAUGUCUUGCCCUUUUUGCAGGUAUUUCCAAACUUUGUUUAUGAAUCAAAAUAGACCGUUUUACUCUCAACUUUUGGAUGCACAGUAUAUGUUUUCUGACUGAGCAAUAUCUGAUCAAAUGCUAAAGGAGUUUUCGACACCUCACAAAAGGAAUGCGGUUUUAAGCUACUUCAAGCUGUAUAUCCUAUCUUUUUGCUCCUCUAUGGUGUUACUGGGGUUUCAAACAAUGGAAGCUAGCUAGUUAAAGAACAUCUUUCAUAGUUUUUUUUUUUUUUUUUUUUUUCCUCUCCCGUUUCAUGAUGUUGAAUUGGUGUUAUUUUAUGCACUAAUACUUACAAACAGAAAAAUCGAAGCUCUCAUAGAAAACUAUCACAAAUAUUCCAAACACAAAUUGUAUUGGGAAUGAGGGAUUUUGUUUAGCUUCAAGCCUGAUCGAACCCAAUACCUGGUGUUAACCUUGCCAUCUAGGCUGUCUUCAAAGAAACAUUUGUUUUACUAUUUGAAGAGAUCUUAAUUACAAGAGCUCAAUAGAUCUUGUCAGAAAAAAAUUUUAUUUUUGGAGAGGUUUUCAGUAAUAAAAGAAGACAAAAAAUAAAAUUGUUCCCACUU